AAAAUGAUAAAUAUAUAUGGCAAAAUAAAUCGAAUAAUGCACUUCCCUCAAUUUUUUUUAAUUAGAUUGCAGAUUUUGGACUUGCCUUAAAAUUUCCAGAUCCUCGAGUCAGUCAUAUUUCCAGAUCAAUUAUGGGAACAGACAUUUAUGUAGAUCUAGAAGAUCCAAAAAGAGUUUCGGAUAAAUCAGACGUGUAUUCUUACGGUGUUGUACUUUUAGAAUUGAUUACCGGAAGAAAACCCAAAUAUCAAGAUAUUGACAUUGUCAAUUGGGCAAAAAGUCGAAUUAAGCAAGCUUUGGAAGAAGAAUACAGGGGCUUUGUUGAUACCAGAUUGCAAAGCUUUGAUAAAAUAGAAAUGAAAAGAAUGGUCUACUGCGCUGAAGCUUGUGUUUAUAGUCGUCCACAGCUUCGUCCAUCAAUGGAAAAGAUAGUUCUAGCUCUCAAAGGACAUAUGCCUAAUUUAAAGGAUUUACACGGCAGCACGGAGAAUGACACCGAAUUGCCACACAUUACUAUCAAUAAAGGAAUUUCUUCGAGCAGCACUGAGAGAUUUCAAAGGAUAUUUACUUAUCAAGAACUAACAAUCGCCACUGAAGGUUUCUCUGGAAAAAACCUCGUUGCCAGAAGUAGUCAGUGUCAAGUUUAUAAAGGAUACUUGAACGGUGAAACAGUAACGGUCAAGAAAUAUAACUAUAUGCCUGGAAAAAAAGAAGAUGUGUUUGAUCAUAUUAAAUCCAUUAGCAGUAGUGUCCAUCACAACAAUCUUGUUAAUCUGCUCGGAUUCUGCAAUGAAGGACCCAAUAGACUACUUGUUUAUGAGUUUGUUUCCGAGGAUAAAUCCUUGAGAUCUCAUUUACAUGGAAAUGUGACAUCAACUCUUGCUUGGCCAAUCAGAAUGGGAAUCGCCUUGAGCAUCGCGAGAGGAAUGGUAGAUCUUCAUGAACUAUAUAAACCUUUGAAUAUAUACGAGCAAUACAAGGACGACAGCAUCUUUCUCGACGGAAAUUUUCAACCAAAGUUUGCAGAGUAUGGACAUGGCAGGUUUCUCUCAGGAGCUUUUGGUGGCCACAGUUUGACAGUUAACUAUGCUAAGGCCGAUGUUUAUUUAUUUGGUGAAAUUCUUAUGGAGCUUGUCACUGGGAAACCAUCUAAUGAGGAUGGAGUUAAUAUUGCUGAAUGGGCGGAACCAGUACUCGGAAUGGCUCUGUUGCAUAAAGAAUAUGAUAUUGUUGACCAGAAAUUAAAGGAGUUCAAUGCAACUGAAUUGAUUCGAAUGAUUAAAUGUGCUUUAGCCUGUGUACAUCGUUAUGCACAUUUUCGACCACAAAUGAGCCAGAUAGCGGAAGUUUUAGCAGGAAAUGCUCCUCCAGAAACGCUGAAAUGAGAACAACAGUUCCAAAAAAAAGCAAAAAAAAUAAAAGAAAGCAUAUAAAACAAACCCUUUGGAUUUUUAGCUACUUUGUUGUCUUAUACUUUUAGGUUGUCUCUGUGAAGGAAAGCUUCUUGUCUAGAAUUCUCUUUCACUGCGAUGGACUUAUCGUUAUUCUUUUAAUGGAAUAAAGUUCUUGUCUAAAAAUUUUGGUCA